AAUAAGCUCAGUUAUCCCGCGUUUAUUCGUGCUAACUAGAACGCCCGCAGCGCGUGGUGAUUUCCGAGCUACCCGGUAGACGAGACCCGAGGAUCGCGAUCCAGUAGGAAUCGCGGCCCGGAAGUCCCUCCUGCGUUUCACGAAUCUAAGGUCAAGGCUAUCGGAAGUAUGAGUAAAGACUGUGGAAUAUGUGGGAUUUAUCCCAGAUGGUUGCGAAAUCGAGCCACCCCAAGGAACUUCAUCGCGGUGUACGGUUUACUGGGCACCGUUCAGGCAAUGUCCUUUAUCUACAUUGUCGUCACCCUAACGACUCUGGAGAAGAGAUUCAAGAUACCUAGUCGUACAACUGGUAUAAUUCUUUCGGGUAACGAGAUCUCACAGAUCUUGUCCCUGAUCUUGACCUACUACGGAGGAUCUAGUCAUCGGCCAAGAUGGAUCGCGGUUGGGGUCGGCUUGAGCGCAUUGUCCUGUCUCGUUUUGGCUCUGCCCCAUUUCAUAUACGGUCCUGGAAAAGAUGCCUUGGCAUUGACGAAAGAAUAUCUGGAUCAGACCUUGCUGAACAUGACAACUGUUCCGAAGGACCUGGCGAUUUGUUCACGUACAGACCAGCCGGAACUCUGCGACACCGAAACUAUGUUAAGCAUUAGCUACCUCCCUCGACUGUUGGUUUUUAUAUCUCAAUUUAUCCUCGGUAUCGGAACUACUCUUUACUAUGGUUUAGGACAGACGUAUUUAGAUGAUAAUACGAAGAAGAAAAAUACGCCUAUGCUUUUAGGCUUUACGUUCGCUUUACGUACCGUGGGUCCGGCGAUCGGAUUUCUAUUAGGCUACGGCUGUCUAAGUUUGUACAUAGAUCCAAAACUCCAUCCUGUUAUUACGAACAAAGAUCCGCGAUGGUUAGGCGCAUGGUGGCUUGGAUGGAUCAUUCUUGGCGUUACGAUGGGCAUGUUCGCCGUUUUGAUCGCUAUGUUUCCACGCGAUCUUCCUACAUUGGAAGAUACUUCUAAACAGGAUGGUGAAAUACCUUUGAAGUUAGAUUUAGUGCUGCAGCAGAAGCCUCCGAUACAGAUGGAACCUGCUAAUCCAAUACAAUUGGAGACUGACAAUGAGUACAUACCGACGAUCCGUGAAUUUCCGAAAGCUGUGAAACGGUUGUUAACCAACUGGCUGUUGACCUGCAACAAUUUAAGCGGCGUGUUUUACAUACUUGGUGCUUCGGCCUAUAUUACGUUCUUGGCGAAAUAUCUUGAAGUCCAAUACAACACAUCCGCGGCUGGCGGUACCGUGAUAGCAGGUCCCAUAUCGCUAAUUGGUAUGGUAUCAGGAUUCUUAUUAUCAGGGUUAAUAAUUAGCAAAUUCAAACCGGGCCCUAGACCACUUCUCGCAUGGAAUGUAUUUGUCGGUAUUUGUUUUGUCCUGGGACAAAUAUUAUUCACAUUUCUUGGUUGCACAGACGUUGGAAUCCGCGGUGUAGAUUUAGAGACAAAACAAAUGAAUUUGACAGCUAAUUGCAACGCCGAUUGCAAUUGUGUAGAUGUCAAAUAUUCACCCGUCUGCCACGAAGCGUCGAAGACAACUUUCUUCUCGGCCUGCCACGCGGGCUGCCAAACAAUCCUGGACGACAAACAGUUUGGAAACUGCAGUUGUCUGCCGUUGAAUGAACCAAGCUAUAUCGAAGGCCACUUUGAUUAUUUCAGUUCCAGGAGGGCUUUCAUUCCGGAACAGCAGAUGUACCUGCUUGAUUCGCAAGCACUCCCGAUCUUCGAUAAGGUCAGAGCCGGUCCAUGUGCCAGUGACUGCAACCAAUCGUAUUUGCUCUUCAUGAUACUCACCUGCGUGAUCCAAACGUUGGGCUGUUCCGGGAGAAUUGGUAAUGUCCUGGUGAACUACAGGUGCGUCGAAAAGAGAGACAAGAGUUUCGCUCAGGGAAUCACGCUGAUGAUCCUCUCAUUGCUGGCUCUAAUCCCGGGACCAAUUAUCUAUGGGGCUAUCAUCGACUCGACUUGUUUGAUAUGGGAAGAAUCCUGUGGAACCAGAGGAAACUGCUGGUUUUAUCAUCGGGACAAUUUUCGAUACUUGGUGAACGUUUCGUCGGCCGGAUUUACCACAAUUGGAGUAUUAUUCGACGUGGCAGUUUGUUAUCUUGGCAAAGAUUUAGAUCUAUAUGGCGCCGCGGAAAGUGACAAGAGACGCGAGUUUGUGAAGGAAAGUGAAGUUACGACUGAUAAUGCAGACAAGAAGAAGGAAGUUAACGGGAAUUUAAAUCAGAGGAUAGAACACAGUCAUCUAUAACGUUCGCAGCAGCCUAAUAAUAGAAAAGUCCAAUAAAAUUUAUUAAAUUGUUUUAGGUACCUGAAAUUUUUUUGUGAUUGACCGCUGAACAUUUCGAUGUUUUGUAGAUAGUGUAAUGAUUUUAUUAGUGAUCAGAAUCAGUCGUGUAAAUAACGUUAAUAUAAUACAUCCUGAUUGUUGAACUUUCAGGCUUUUAGAUAUUCGAGACCAAAAAGUGAGAGUUAUCAUUAUUACAAUUUCGUUGUUGAACUUUUAUUUUUAAAUCAUGCUCAUGUUUCUUUGUAAAUAAAUUACGCUUAUUUUUUGUUAAUACGUUAUUUUUGUUAACGUUAUUAUCUUCAUGCUUUAUUGCAUUCUAUUCCACAUUGAAAAAAAUCUCUUCAUAUAUUUUAAAUUCUUAAAUUUUAUAUUUAUUUUAUUUAUAUUUAAUUUUGCUUAAUUAGCGAAAUUAACAAACUCUCUACACAAAAAAAUAUAAAUAUAAAAAAUUGCUUACAUUA